GUUGCAUGCCAUUGUUUUCUGCAAGAUUAAUAAUUCCAAGAUUAUCAUUUAUAUCUGAAGUACUACCAUCCUCCUACAUCUUGUAAAUAUGGAUGGAAAGCAGACCUUGGGUGUUGGGAGUGCAAAUGAAAUGACAAACUCUACCUCAAGAAAAUCACCUGAAAAAACACCAUCACUUGCUGAAUCUGAGGCAAUACUCCCUGCACACUCUGCAAGCUGCAACUUAGAUGUUCCUUCAGCUUUACCCUUUCAUGCUAUGUUUGAAAAUUCUGAAGCUCCUUUGGAAUAUCAUGGAGGAGAGGGAAGGGACUUCACCAUUGAGGAGAUUGUAGAACUGGGUGAUGACAGUCUUGGCCUGAAGGUGCUCCUCAUGGCCAAGCAGGGGCCCUGCCUGGGUGUGAUUAACAUUAUCCUUACAUCAUGCAAGAAAAUUACCCUGGAAAAGGUAUGCAACCCAAACACAGGGAAGAAAAUGUUAGGCUUACGGACCUUCUUCUUUCGGGAAGUUGUGAACAUAAAAGUGCUUGGAGAAGACCAGGAGGCAAGGCAGAGGCUCCUCAAGGAUUUAUAUUUUGAGAAGCAACAAGGGAAAAAGCUGUUGAGGAAGAAGCUACUUCCCAUGCACCUGCAGGAGGCUUGCAGGAGCAACAUGCACACGGAGGUGCCUCCAGACCUGAUCCAACAGCUGGUGUGUGAAGAGGCCGCAGAGGACAAGCCAGGCUCUCCGGCCCCACCCCUACCACCGGGAAGACUCCCUCGACCCUCAAAAUGGGUCAUUAUUGAUGUGAUUGAUGAGGCAUACAAGAAGGCAAUUUCCAUGAUAUGCAGGGAGAUGGUCAUAGCUGUUGGCUUUACUGGAUUGAAGAUUGGCAGGUCUGGCACCUUAGUAUGGGUAACAUUUGCCACCUCCAGCAUGGUCUUCCAUUUUGAUAUGGCCAAGAUUGGGCCUGCAGAGGCAAUGAAGGAAGGCCUUGGAGCAGUCCUGCAGGACGGUUCAGUGGUCAAGGUGGUGCAUGACUGCCGGGCCAUUGAAGACCUCCUCCACCACCAACUGAACAUUAAUCUCAAAAAUGUGUUUGACACCCAGGCUGCUGAGAUAUACCUACAUUUACUAAACAACAAAGAGGCCAUACCACUGCUUGUGCCUACCCUUCCGUCCUUGCUGUACAAGUAUCUCCAGCUCUCCCCACUCCACCUCUUCCCUGAUGGGAUGGAGGAUUCAAAGAUUGAUGAGUCAUUGUGGCUGGAGCGUCCCCUGGCAGAGCCCUUGGGUGAGCGUUUAGCCAGGGAAGUUGCGUUUCUGAGGGAGUUACGCUUAGAGCAGCUGGACUUGAUGCUUGUGGACCUGAGGCAGCUAACUGAAGUCUACUUGGGAGUCUUAAGAGAUAAGGACUCUCUCACAGUCAAACAGCUGGAGCCACACAUCAUCCCAGCAGAGGUGCAAAGGCUGGGCAAGCACCGCUCAGUGAACACACUGGAGCACGGCAUACCCUUCACACAGCAUCCCAAAACCUUUCCAAAGAGAGGAAGUAAUGUUUAGAGUAAGUGGGCUUGUGAAUGUUUGUAAGCAUCCGAUGUUAUUCCAUUUUUUUGUAUGUACUAUAAUACUGUUUUGAAAUAUCAGCAGUGUUUCUAGGUGAUUUUCUAUUUUGGGGUUUUGUUGUAGCUUGUCAUUCCUGAUGUUUUCACUCAUUUUAUGAAACCAAAUUAAAUAGGUUAAAGAUAAGUCUAGAAAAAAAUGUAAAGUUUGAUCAGUCUCCAGAUGAGGCUUGGAAACACCUGUGUGGUUAUGCUGAAUGAAAUAUAUGUAUCAGGUCAAGUAUUCGUACUUGAAUAUCAGAAACUUUUUAUGCAAGGAAACAGGACCCACAUAAUGAGUAUCUUGAUUUUAGAGCCACAUACGCCCAAUUUUUCUAAAAUGUCAUAUUUAGUAAAAACUAACAACAAACCUUGGUGUCAACAGGAAAUCAGAUUUUGCUCUAAAGGAAGAGUACUGCAUGUAGCCUCUUUUUCUUUUUUUUAACUGCCUUAGUUACCUUUUAGGGUUGGAUGGGCCGUGAGUCUCUCCCACUCUCGACAGUCAUAUAAUCUCUCCUCUCCAAUGUUCCUCCUCAUGUCUUCCUUAACAUAUUAUCUCCAGGUAUUAUUCAGUCUUCCAGCUGAUGCAGAUGAUUUACCCCUCUGAAAGGCACCUUAUGAGCAUGCAGUGAUAGGCUUACAGAUCCUCUUAGCCCUCAGUGAUAACAUUGAGUUUCUUAUUAUGUAAAUGUGAAUAACAGAAGGGUUACUUUAAACUACUAUUUUUGCUUUACAUAACAACAUACUGAUGUUACUUGAAUACAACUUUGCAGUGUAUAGGAACAAGAAUACCAGUGAGAUUUACAGGAUUGGGAGGAAAGUUUCUUAAGAGAUUUUUACUUUUGUACCAUCAUUUCCAAUACUAUUUCUUACGGUUCAGUUCGACAAUACUUACUCCAGCCUUGAGAUGGCUUUACAAAUCCAACACAGCCACAUUGGUGUUGGUAAAAAGCACUAUGACAUCUUUCAAAACUGGUCGAUAGUCAGUAUAAUUUGAGAGAAGCAAGGUCCAUGAAAGUUGAAAAGUAAGUGAGAAAACAUAAUAGAUUCUGUGAAAUCUGCCACAGAUUGUGUUUAUGUCAUUACUGUACAUUGAUAGUUGUACCAUGCACUAUUACUAUUGUCUUUGUAUAAGUAUUGGGUUCGGUUUUGUACUUUUUGUGAGAGAAGUUGGUUAUGUAGACUUACAUUUUGCCAUUGGGGAAAAAACUUUAUUCCACA